AAGUAAAUUGCAAACUAAUAGGAUUCUAACCUUACCCAAUAAUAACAAGGUAAUAGAUCUUCAAAAUUAGUGUCAGUGAAGUGCAUAAAAUAUUUGUGAAAUUGUUGUAAAUGACAUACUGCAAAUUACCCUAUGUGCAUUAAAGUGAUUAGUGAAUGAGGACCUAAGAAGUAGGAUUUCACCUAUCUGAAGACAAGUAAGCCUAAAGAACCAAUUUCGAUACACCAUUCUACAAAAACCCAUAAAAAUGCAACCGAGUCGCUUUCACUUAAAAAUGUUCAAAAACGCAAUAUAAACAAACAAGAAAGACUUGAAGUCGCGAAAAUCCGAAUGAUCCCCAAUCAGGAUGGUGAUCGCGAGCGAAUCAGUCGAGACGAUGUCUGGCACGUGCAGCAAGCUAAGAAGGUCCCGCAGGUUGUCAUCGACCCGAGGUCUAAGGGUUCGAACAAGCGCAAACACUGAUCAAACGGAUCCACAGGAUCUCAAUCAGAAGCUCGGUCUGUGUCCCAUAGUUAGCCGGAACGCGGGCACGAAGGGUCGUCCGGCGAUCAAUUGGGAAUUGAACGAGAGGAUCAGUCUGAGUAGCGGUUCCAGCGCAGGUUUACAGGUCCGCCCCGACGCUAAAAAGGGCAUCGAGCUGAGCGGGAACCGCAAGACGGAGGCCGGAAAAAGAUCCGAUAAAACUAGCCUGGAGCUAAUGAACGUGUCCGGAUACCCGCAAGAGUGCGAGAAGAAGCGGAAGGACUCUUCGUGGUCCAUCGAGAUCGACUGCAUAGAGCGUCCUAGUGACGAGAACGUGAUCAAAAGCGACUCGAAGUACGAGAUCGGUAGUCCCAGCGAGGGAUCAGGAUCGAGGAAGUCCGGGAAACAGAGACGACAGCUGGCGACGUCCACGAAGACCAGGAAAUCGACGAAGAAGGAGGAGGACGACUGCAAAUGGGGCGGAAAGAAGGUGGACAAAACGAACGACUCGAUCUCGAAGCGGCUCGAGUUGAUCCACGAGCUGAAUCAGAAGAUCCUGGCCAACUACGAGCGCUUUCAGCAGAAGUCCAAGUCCAGGAAUCACUCGAAGGAGAGCAAGGUGUCGAAGGAUCAGCCUGCGAGAAGAUCAAUGUCGAACGACAAGGAGGAGCACGUGUACGCGGAGGCUAGACGCAAAGGAAAGAGCGAUGCCAAGGAUCAGACGUGUCAGGACUCGAGGCAACGCAAAGUAGACGUCAACAAGCUCGCCUCGGAGCCGACCUCGAAGGAAAGCGACUCGACGGACAAGAGACGAUCGAAGAGCACGUCGAAGUCGAGGACCGUUCGCGAUAACGAGAACUUCAUCAUGACGGCCAGACCCGGUUUCCUCUCGGACGAUAAAGAGAAGAGAGCGUCCUCGAGGACGGAAUACGGCACGAGGUCGAAGAGGUGCGUUUUUUACUCCAACGUGGAGGGCUCGAAGCACGUAGACAGGACAAUCGAGCAGGACGAUUGUCUGGGGAGCUCCAGAUUGUACCCCGAGAGCUACAGCGAUCGCUCGAACGAAUCGAGGACGAAGCCGGGGGUAAACCGUGACGCGGACGGAAUCGCGGAUCGAUCCGGAGUCGAUCAAGUGGCGCUGGAACACGAAAUUCUGGAGAACCUGGACGAGACUAUCGACAGAUUCGACGAGUCGGUCCCUAAAGCGGAGCCGCGAGAGAAGCUCGACGGUUCCGGCGAUUCCGUUCGAAGCGAGGACAACGAAUUGACCGGGUCAAAAGUGUCCAGGCUUCAGGAGACGUUCAAUUCCUCGUGGGACUCGGGAGUUGGCGUGGACGUUGGCACCGGAAGUGGCUGGGUCAGGAUACACACGGGAAUAGAGAGCAGCCUCGUCUAUCUUACUCUGGAUACCACCGCUAAAGACGUCUGCAGGGACAUGCUGCUAGGCGACGAGCUGUCUCUGUUUAUUCAGUACGGGGGCGAGUCUGGAAGAAGAUUGGCUUCCGAGGAGAAGCCGCUCGAGAUACAGGACCAAUUUCUCCAAAAGCUUGGAUACCAGGACGUAUCCAGACGAUCUCGACUUGGAGUCGAUCCUGAAUUACGACACCUCAUUGCUUUCCACGUUGGACCCGCAUCGCCGUUGCCCGACCUAACAGGCUACAGUCGUUGCGGCUACACUCUAGUAUUGAAAGGGUUGGUUUUUCCCCAAUGGAAGCGGAGAGUCUUGGCUGUCAUCGGAUCCAGGCUGUUCCUUUAUCCCGCGUGUCCAGAUUCUCGGCCAGAGUGGAUGGAGCUGGGAGGUGGCGGCGGUGCUGUGUGUUAUGCUCCGUCACGUCUUGGUAAACUCGUGCUGCGUAUCACUGGAUUUCCAAGGGUCACUCAACAGUGUCAUCAAAGUCAACAACAAGAGGACAGUCACCAUCGCGAGACACGACACUUGUAUCUUGGCUUUCACCACCCGUGGGACCGGGACUUGUGGAAAAGUUGGAUUAAACAGGCAAUACAGUUGUCAUCCUGUCCAAAACAAUUGGAUCUCAGCAAUGGCGGACUGUCAAGAAUCCCUGACAGUGCUGUAGCGUUUCCAGCGAUUGAAGAGCUGGUGUUGAGCCAAAAUCAACUUUCAAACACAAACAACAAUCUGAUACUGUUACACAGGUUCCCGAAACUUCGUGUACUCCAUUUUGAGAGCAACGAGUUGAUGAGAAUUCCACGGGAGUUACUGGAGCUUAGGGAGUUAACCUACCUCAAUCUCUCAGACAACAAAAUCGAGAAGAUUCCGGCUGACAUAAGCCAGCUUAUCAAUCUGAGAGAGCUGAUCUUGGAUCGUAAUGGAAUCAAAGAGUUGCCGCACGAGCUCGGCGAGCUGAAGAACUUGAGAAACAUUUCCUUGGCUGGAAAUUGCCUGAACAGUCUUCCAUCUUUCUUCAACAUGCGAACGCUUGCGUUAACGGAAGUGUUAUCGAAAAGUGAGCACAGCAAAACCUACAGAGAUGAGAAGAACAAUCAGAAUAAUUUGUAUAAAGUGAACCUAAGGAACAAUCAGUUGAAAGGGAACAUAAUUCUCGGAAAUUACGGAAAUUUAACGCAUCUAGACGUCAGUGAAAAUAGCAUUGAGAAAUUGGACAUCAGCGCUCUUCAAGAAUUGAGAAGCGUUCGUUGCGCGCGAAAUGUUUUAACAGAACUGACGGUCUGCGGAAGAAAUCUCGUUUCCUUGAUUGCCGGAAAUAACAAACUGAAGAAACUAACCAUCGAACCGGUGCCGGUGAAUCUCGAGCAUUUGGACGUGUCUUACAACAAUUUGGACGCCCUUCCAGAAUGGACACCAGACCUUCCAGUAUUGCGUGCACUUUUUGCAUCCCACAAUGCGUUAACAGCCCUUCCAGACAGACUGUUAACACAGCCAUCGAGACUGGAGGUCCUUCACUUACCCCACAAUAGGCUCCAAGCCCUUCCACCACCCCGGAAGCCAUUAAACAUCGUUCAUUUGACUCUACAAGACAAUGCACUGACUGCGUUACCGACGAGUUUCUUCGUCAACACCGAGAAAAUGAAGGUGCUGAAUCUCUCCAACAAUCGGUUAUCCGAGCUCCCUCCCUUGGGAGAAGGGAACAAAAAUCGGCACAGCAACCACAGCGUAGAAAAGUUGUACCUCACGGCGAAUUGUUUAACAGACACUGCCUUGGAUACUCUAGCAAAAUUGACUUCCCUGCGAGCUCUUCACAUAGCGUACAACACCCUGGACACCCUUCCUGAAAGUUGUAUAGCUUCGUGGAAGGAUCUAGAAGAAUUAGUGCUGUCAGGAAAUCGUCUUCAAUAUCUGCCAGACAAUGUAGCCAAUUUACGACAUUUACGGGUGUUGCGUGUCCAUUCCAAUCGACUUCUAACUUGCCCGACGUUUAAUAAAACAACGUCGUUGAAGGUAUUAGAUCUUGCCCAUAAUCAACUGGACAGGAUAAAUUUGGCUACGCUAGUACCACCACAGCUUCAGUUUCUCGAUAUAUCUUGCAAUUCGAGACUGCAUGUGGAUCCUAGACAAUUCCAGGUGUAUAGAUCACAACGACCGAUAUCCUUGGUCGAUGUGUCAGGACAAAAUAGACCGAGCUUACCCUCUCAUCCCCAUCAGCAAGAGAUUGUUUCCGCUGAGAAGGGUGCGGAACAACCGUGGAGACUCGGAUUCUCUGAAACAGCUGGGUCCAGGGAAAGAUUAUACGUCUCCCAAGUCCGAAUGCCAUCGUUCUGCAACGUGGAGGGUCUUUUCGGCAUAUUCGACGGAGGAUCGAACCAAGAAGCCCCGAACGCUCUCCAAGAGAUGAUACCCCGUCUCCUACUAGAAGAAAGAACCGUCCGUGAGACAUCAAAAGAAUAUUUGAAGUACACGUUGCUGUCGGCUCACAGAGAGCUUAAGGAAAAGGGUCAAAAAUACGGCAUCGACGCGACUUUGGUUCACAUCGUCAGAAUUCAAUCGCAACAAGGUCACCCGAGAUCGGCGACAAAAUAUUCUUUGAAAGUGGCUUCUUCUGGAGACGCGAAAGCUGUUCUCUGUCGAGCUGCUGGACCUUUGACCCUAGCACCUGCUAAGAAAUUUCCUGUAAGAAAUCAGUUGGGGAACGCUGCUAUGUUUCCGUUGGUGGUUCCUGAUCCUACGUUCGAGGAAGUGGAUUUGGAGGAUGACGACGAGUUCGUGAUAAUCGCGAAUCGAAGACUGUGGGAGGUUUUGAGUAUCCAGGAAGCCGUGCGAGAAGCUAGAGCCGAGGCGAGUCCGGUUUUGGCGGCCAAAAGACUUCAGGAUUUGGCGCAGGCUUAUGGGGCGGAGGAUAAUUUGAGCGUCGUGGUUGUUCGGUUAACGGGACCCAAUCAGGGAGAUCUGGAUCAACUUAUGAGAGAACUGAGACACGCGGUCGGUAAAAAUAGAGGUCAAACUGAAGGUGGUUGUCCUUGUCCUUGUUGUAUACCACCCGCUGCUCAUAAACCACCGGGACCUUGCUGUUGUCACGCGAACGAGGGCUAUUAUUUAAAUGGCGUGCUGAAGAGUAUAGUGAACAGAUCUAACAAGGCUCACAAUGGAUCCAGCAGAUAUUUCAAAAACCGAAGACCUGCACAGGAGAACGAAAGUCCACCAUACAAAGACGACAGAAGCUCGCCGAGUGGUCAAUCAGACCAGGCUAGCGAUAGCACAUUCAAAUCAAGACAUCCUUCCGGUAGAGUGUGGUCCGGAAGUGCCGCUUCUAGGGCUACGAACAAGGCUCGUCAAAGUGUUUUCGUGAACGAAAACGGCACCAGGAAGGUUUCGGCUUGUGUGACGGCGCAGGAGGACACGAUGUCGGAAAGAUCCGGUGCUCUUAGCGAGGAGCAAUUCCGCUGCUGGGAGUACAUGCUAGAACAAAACACUCAAUUGUUGUUCGACAAGGAAUUGGACACUCUAACAAGAACCCCUCUACGACGAGGACAGUCGAGAUCCACGCCUCAAUUAGGAAGCAAUUUGCCUUUUCUAUCGAAGAGAUUCGGAAGUGCCAGAUCUUUUAAUCCUUCCCUACCAAGGCCCCCCAUCGUACGAUUCGGUAGCGGAAGGAGAUUACUGAACGGAGGUCCAAAUGCGGCUUAUUUCGGUAGCUUGCAGAGGCUAAUGCCGUAUAAUCUCGAAUACGAUUUCGCUGUCAUUCAGGAAAGAAACGGAUUAGACUCUUUGGAACAGGACGCAACGAGGAUGCAACAAUACUGGGGGGUCGCCACUACUGAAUUGUGAAGGACAAAGGAGUUUUGCACAAUUCGCGUGUUGAAAUUGUGAUAGGGAAAUGAAAGGUGCGCGUUAUCAGUAUUAAAAAACGAUACGAAAUAUCUGAUUCAUUUUUCAAUAAAAAGAGAUUGAUAAGAGACGAUUCGUGAUUAAGAUGAAAGGAUUAUAUACUGAAGUUAUCGUUAGCGAUGCAUAUUCAAGUUCAUAUGUGUUUACCACGUUGCUUCUUCAUAACAACGAAAAGUACUUACCAUUGCACGUCAUUGUAGUAUUUACAUUCUACAAUGUACAUACGUCAAAAGUAUUUACAUUGCCAAAUACUAUAAACUGUACCAUAAUAUGGCUAUGUAAUUCAAACAAUUCGAUUAGUGUGCUCUUGCAAAAGUUAUGGAUGUAAAUAUAUGCUAAUUUUAAAAAGGGUACUAAUACGUCAAAAUAAUAUGGCUAUGUAAUUCAAACAAUUUGAUUAGCGUGCUCUUGCAAAAGUUAUGGAUGUAAAUAUAUGCUAAUUUUAAAAAGAGUACUAAUACGUCAAAAUUAUUGUAUAUAAGUAAAGUUUGAAACAACUGAUGAGAAUAAAAUUAUCAUGAUGAUAAACUAUAAAACACUUGUGACGAGAUAAAUGGUUCUAUUCAGUUAACAAACAACGCGAUCUCACAAUACUCGUACUUAUACACGAUUACGUAUUUCUAAGAAAUUUAAGAUAUCACUUCAAAACAAUUUCAAAGCGAAUUGUCCCGUGUCGAAUGCGUCAUCUCUUCAUUUGCAUCCUAAAUGCGAGCAUUCAAUGAUGACACAUGUUUAGAUAUUGACGGAAAAGAUGCAUGAUGUCUUAACAUCUUGUGAAUAGAAAUGAUUCUCUUUAUAUAUUUUUGUACCGAAAUGUAGCGACUGUUGUACCUGAAGCUACCAAAUAAAUAAUCGAAGGAGAA